CAACGCAAAAACUGGUUGUUGGUGGUUGCUUAAUGUUUGUCUAGUAAAAAUGUUCAAGUUCAAUGCCGGCCAUACAAGCAUUGAUAUUUGCAACAAACUUAAGCAAAUAUACCGUUAAAACUAAACAAAAAUAGCGAAGGCCAAUAAAAUAUAAUAAAAUAAGCUUUUUAUGCUAAGUAUUGUAUUUUCGAAAAACUUCUUAUAAAUAUGCUGCGAGAGACGUUGAAAGAUAUCAGUUUGCAUACAGUUUUCUUGUAGUAAACAUUCACAACCACCAAAAGAGCAAAAUGUUCAAAUAUUUUACCUUCGCCGCCCUCUUCGCAUUUGCCACCGCUGCUCCCGGGUUCAUCGCUGAACCAGUAGUUGCCAAAGUAGGUGCCGUUGUACACACCAUUCCCUCAGCCACCUCCCACCAGAGCAUCACUCAAGUGCACCGUAAUGCGCAUAUUGUUACACCGGUUGUGAAAGCUGUGUCUCCAGUGGUUCAUGUUGCUCCAGUUGUAAAGACCUACUCUGCUCCUGUGGUUCCAGUAGUCAAGACUGUUGCUCCCGUCGUCCCAGUAGUGAAGACUUACUCCGCUCCAAUCGUUCCAGUUGUGAAGACCUACUCCGCCCCGGUUGUUCAUCAUGUACCAGUUGUGAAGUCGGUUGUUUCUCCCGUGGUGCCAGUGGUCCAUGCUGCUCCAGUCGCUCACAUUGUUCAUCACUAAACAUUUUUCAGUGAUCGUGAAGUUGUUAAAUAAAUAUAUAAGCUUUCACUCUACA